AUGCAUACUAUCGAGGUACAGCUAUCCCCAGUUGUCGAGAACGAAAAUCCAGAACAUGAAUCUCCUACAACGGAACAAGAGCCCGAGGUUGAUCACGAUUCUGAGCCACCCAGGCGUGCCCGCGGGAGACCCAGAAUUCGGCGAACUGGUUCGAGGGGAAGACCUAGAAAGAUAUACAGGUACAGGACACCCCCGAGAGGUUCAGCACUCUCUUCUGAAGAGAAGGAAUUACGUGCCAGUACAUUAAAAGAGACUGUUACAAUAAACGCUAAAGACUAUGAGAGUACACUCACGAUGGUAUAG